UUUGUUUCCGAAAGUGAACGUUUCACGAGUCAACAGCAACGUCUUUCAAGAAGUUAUAGGCACUGUUUGCGACAUUUUUCUUUCUUUAUCCGUCAUCAAAUAUUUUAUGUGAUGAAAUAACACGUUGUGUAGCAUAUAUUUCAAUAUUAGUGUUAAUAGUCGCAAUAAAGUAUCCGCUAGAUUACGAUAAGCUAAUAUGGGCGACGAAAGCCACCCGAAAACUCUCUACGUCGGAAAUUUAGACGCGAGUGUGACAGAGGAAUUCUUAUGCGCGUUAUUUGGACAAAUAGGCGAGGUAAAAGGUUGCAAAAUAAUACGGGAACCAGGUAACGAUCCUUAUGCGUUCCUUGAGUUUACGAAUCAUUCGGCGGCGGCUACGGCUCUGGCCGCCAUGAACAAGCGAGUGUUUCUUGACAAGGAAAUGAAGGUUAACUGGGCUACAAGUCCGGGUAAUCAACCCAAGACAGAUACGAGCAACCAUCACCACAUAUUCGUGGGUGACCUGUCGCCAGAGAUAGAGACACAUAUUCUUCGAGACGCUUUUGCACCAUUCGGUGAAAUUUCGAAUUGUCGAAUAGUGCGCGACCCACAAACACUUAAAUCUAAAGGUUAUGCGUUCGUAUCAUUUGUGAAAAAAGCAGACGCUGAAUCUGCGAUACAGGCUAUGAAUGGUCAGUGGUUGGGAUCGCGUUCUAUACGUACUAAUUGGUCGACGCGCAAGCCUCCAGCUAAGGGUACGAAUGAAGGAGCUCCAACUAGCAAGAGAGCAAAACAACCUACUUUUGACGAGGUUUACAACCAAAGCUCACCAACAAACACCACAGUGUAUUGUGGAGGCUUUACUAGUAACAUAAUUACUGAAGAUUUAAUGCAAAACACAUUUUUACAAUUUGGUCCAAUACAAGAUAUAAGAGUGUUCAGGGAUAAAGGUUAUGCGUUUAUUAGAUUUACCACUAAAGAAGCAGCGGCUCACGCUAUAGAAGCAAUACAUAACACAGAAAUUAGUGGACAUACUGUAAAAUGCUUCUGGGGGAAAGAAAAUGGAGGCAAUGAAAGUCAGGUAUAUAAAACAAAUAUACCUAACUGUUUAAUAUUUGUUGUUUAUUUGAGUUAUGGAUAUCUAUCACUAUUUUUUCAGAGUACAAGUAAUCCACCAACUGCACCACCAGCAAUGGGAGCACAAUCACAAUACCCAUAUCCAUAUCAACAAGGCAUGGGAUACUGGUAUGCUCAGGGUUACCCUGCAAUACAAGGCUAUAUGGCGCCUGGAUAUUAUCAGCAAUAUGCCGCAUACAACAAUCCGCAAGCAGCAGCAGCUGCUGGAUAUCGCAUGAGCAUGCCGGGCGGUGCAGGCGCAAACGGCGGGUCGUGGGGCGGGUCGGCCCAGCCCGUCAUGUACGCGUCGGCCAUGCCCUCGGCGCAGUACCCCUCCCAGUAGCCGUCACACGCACACGCAUACCUUACACUGGACAAUACCGAGCGCACACACACCCGCCUACGCGCGCACGGCCCGAGUUGACGACAUCCCAUAGACACGUCCUGGCCUAUUGAGGUCGCGGGAAGACUGUCUCUGGCGCGUCUCAUUAGAUUAUGGCUAACAUUUUCAAGAAAUGUCUGACAGUUUUCGACAAUGGUAGUCAUCUCAGUAGGGUUCCCGUUUGGACUUCACGGUCGCCGCAGGCCCAGUUAUGUUUAGAUUGAAUUAGGGUUUAUUUAAUCUUAUAAACGUCAUCGGGGGAUGGGGUGUCGACCUGCGCCAGGCGGACCUUUUUAUAUACAUACAAUUAAAAACAAAUACAUUUAAGUUAGGUUUACAAAAUGUUUUUUACUUCUGACAUCGGAUGCAUCGCGUGAACGUGAUGUUCAAAUGUCUUGUUAAAUUGGUUUAUACUAAAAAAAUUGUUUGUGUAAUUCAGCAUCACACAACAAUACUCAAGUCUCAAACCCCUUUUCUUGAUUCUAUGCUACAUUUUGUCCUUUGGACAAAACAUCUAUAAGGUCUUGUAAGCAAUAAAUGUUCUGUCCAUUAUUUGCCUUCACUGCGAUAAAUUCUCUCACUGUAAAGAAUGAGUCUUUAAUACUAUUGAUUUGUUACCGAAUUCCCUCUUUCUGCAGUUUAUGCGCGGCAUAUACCGAGCUAUAUAUCUUUUUAAUUGUAUACACAUUCUACAAAUUUUAUUUUGCUUUGUUUUGUCAGACAUGUUUAAAAAUCGAGUUUCAAUUUUACACUUUUUAAAUAUAGCCACCGUUAAAACCUCGCGUUUCUUGAACGGUGCUAUAGUAACGGUACUAACGCUCAGAUUAAUUUAUUUUUAUGGUACUUAUAAAACGACGUUCUCCAACACAGACCUAAUUAUAUUAAGUAAAGUUACUACUUUAAGACAAAUUUCUACCUUUAUAUUUGUUGAACAUUAAGUUGCCCGUUUAUUUUGCAAAGUAUUUCGUCUGUGUUGAUCUUCUAAACAUUCCAAUCAACAUUAUUAGCCAAUCACAGAUCUACCUUUGAGCUUGUCGAUUCGCUAAUGACUGUUGAGAUUGACCUCGUUUUAUCGUACCAUAACCGAGAUCUAUUGAGAUAAUCUCAGCCUUCCUAUGCCUUACAACACUACAAAUAACUUUACAGAAUAUCUGUAUCUAGCCAGGUUUCGUCCAGUGUAAUGUUUGUGUUCUGACAUCCGGAUGACCUGACAGCGGGUGGAAGUGCGCAAACUAGAGUCGAUUGUUUAUGGGCAGAGUUGAUUGAGAAAGCGCCAUGGAAUGUUUUUGUUUCUUUCGGCGCCCACACAUAGAUAGGACAUAACGAAAUAAAUUAUAAAUUUAAAAAAAAAGUUAUAUUUAAGGGAGGUUGUGUCGCGAGUGGGCUCGUGUACAUAUUUGAUAUUUAUUGGAAGCCCCGAAGGCAGACUGAGUCCGGAACACUACGGAAUCGCCAGACCGUUUGACGUAUUUAAGUUCGGCAUGUUGUUUUGUUUGUCUCAAUAAUUGUUAUGAUUUAUUGUAUGGAACACUGGUGAGUCAAUAAAGCAGUGGGUCUGGA